AUGUAUAUCAUCGACUUCGUCGGCUUUUUAGUUUUGCAGUAUACCACGGAGCUACUCCUAGACACUAUGCUGGUCUUCCCAGGGUUCACCACAAAUCCCGCCUACUCGCCCGGUAUCCAGUCUGAUCUCGUUCUCUGUCGUAGUAACAGUCUCACCGAAUCCAACACGAGUACAGCUACGGUCAUGAGCGAUGCCAUUCAGCCCAGUCUCAAGCCAACCCGUGUAGAUAGCACAGCAUAUCUCGCAACACGUUCGUCCAUGUACGCUAGGGUCUUCUCUAUGUCACGACGUUAUCAAGUGCGAAACUACCAGCAGUCCCAUGUAAUAAUCCGUGCUGCUGCUGCUUUGGGACAACUUGAGAUAGAACCAUGCCAAGGCGAAGAUCAUAAAACCGGCGCUCAAAAUACAAUGAGAAAAAGCUCGAAGAAAAUUAGGGUUAUGAUGGAUGCACGAAAUCCGUGA